AUGGUCCGCGGCUACAUCAUCGCCGCAGCUCUGGCUGUCCAAGCACUUGCCGCACCACGCCCUCAGCCAGCCAUCAUCCCACGACCUCACAAGGUAGAAGCACGACAAGCCAGCAAGAGCGGCUCGCCUCCAGAAUUCGCCAUCGAGGACACUCCCAAAGCGCUACCAUCCGGACCAGCUGGCGCGAGUGGUUCUCUUCGUGGCCCAACGAGCCUACUGGGCUACAGCCCUGGCAAUCCUGUGAACACCCAGCUUCCGGCCACAGUGCCCAAGGACCAGCACACACUUGCGCCGGGACAAUCAGAGGACGAAGACCUUGGUCUAUACCUCGACCUCUCGGAAAUCGAGAACCCACAGCCGAGCAGAGGUGGGACUGAUGCACCCACAGAUCCUGGCCCGAGGAAUAAGGAGCUUGAGAAGCAGAAUAGUGACCUCUACGCUCCGCCUGGCACUGAUGCGGGAGAUGUACCGAAUGCAAAGUGGCCUCUCGCUCUUUCCCACAAUCGCCACGGCCGCGAAAGUGCAGGCUGGGCUCGUCAGCAGAACGUUGGCCAGCUGCCAAUUGCCACUGAGAUGGCGGGGGUUGACAUGCACCUCGAGCCCAAUGCUUACCGCGAACUUCAUUGGCAUCAAGCGGAUGAGUGGUCGCUAAUUCUGAACGGGAGCGUGAGAAUUAGUGCCGUCAAUGAGGCGGGUCAGACCUUCACGGAUGAUUUGCAGGCUGGGCAUGUGUGGUUCUUUCCUGCAGGCGUCCCCCACAACAUCCAAGCCUUCGGCGACGGCUGCGAAUUCCUCCUCGUCUUCGACAGCGGCGACUUCUCCGAAGACGGCACCUUCCUCGUCUCCGAACUCUUCCAACGCAACCCCAAAUCCGUCCUCGCCAAAGACCUCCGCGUCGACACCUCCGCCUUCGAUAACAUCCCCUCCGGCCAGCUCUACAUUUUCCCCGGCACGCCGGCACCUUCCAACAUCUCCGAACAAAACGUCACCGGUCCUGCUGGCGUGAUCCCGACGCAGGAGACGUAUAGUUAUCAUUUCAGUCAGCAGCAGCCGUAUGAGGUCCCUGGUGGGAGUGUGAAGUUAUUGGAUUCUAAUACAUUCCCGAUCGCGAAAGAUUUCGCGGCUGCGUUGUUUACGAUCCAGCCCGGAGCCAUGCGUGAACUGCACUGGCACACCACCUCCGACGAAUGGACCUACUUCAUCGCCGACCAAGAUCGUCUCACCGCCUACGUCGCCCCGGAAGCUUCGAGGACUUUCGACUUCCAGGCUGGCGAUACAGGCUACGUGCCUGUUGUGACGGCCCAUUAUUUGGAGAAUACGGGCGAUACGGAUCUGGUGUAUUAG